AUGUCUACCUCUGGCAAUGUCUCUCCAUCGACUGGUGAGGUUAUCACCACCGCCACUACUCCGCUUUUCAUUGUUAACACUGGCCAUGUCACCAAACUCAACAACACAAACUAUUUGAUGUGGAGCCUUCAGAUCCACGCUUUGGUCGAUGGCUAUGAGCUUGCUGGAUACCUUGAUGGAUCCACCGCUGCACCUCCUCUCACGGUGACUACUGGCGCCACCUCCAUCCCAAAUCCGGAGUUUGCUCUCUGGAAACGCCAAGAUAGUCUCUUGUUUAGUGCCUUACUUGGUGUUAUGACUCCGUCUGUUCAACCUAUGGUCUCUCGUGCCACCACUGCUGCUGAAGUAUGGACCAAGGGAAACAAAACAAUUGAUGAAUAUGUUCGUGGUCUUGUUAUACGCUUUGAUGAACUCGCUGCCCUUGGUAAACCGAUGGAUCAUGACAAUCAAAUUGAGAAGAUACUUGAAGGUCUUCCAGAGGAUUUCAAACCUGUUGUCGACCAGAUCGAGAGCAAGGACACUACACCGACGAUCUAUGAUGUUCAUGAACGAUUGCGUAAUCGUGAAGCUAAGCUCCUCGCCAUUGCUGUUGCCACUCCAACUCCCUUUCCUGUUUCUGCUAAUAUUGCUCAGCAUCGUUCCACCAACUACAACAACAGGAACAACAACCAUUUUCAGUCUCAACCACAACGCUUCUCCAAUAACAACAACAACGCACACUAG